AUGAGAGGAGACAACCAGUCCUUUACCCUUGGUUUUAUUCUCCUGGGACUUACUGGUCAGCAGCAACAGGAAGACAUCUUCUUCAUCCUCUUCCUGUUCAUUUACCCCAUCACAGUGACUGGAAACCUGCUCAUCAUCUUGGCCAUUCACUCUGACAUUCGCCUUCACAACCCCAUGUAUUUUUUCCUUGCCAACCUCUCCUUUGUUGACAUCUUAUUCUCCUCUGUAACCAUCCCCAAGAUGUUAGCCAACCAUCUCUUGCACAGCAAAGCCAUCUCCUUUUGGGGAUGUCUAACACAGAUGUGUUUCAUGUUAGCCUUGGGUAACACAGAUAGCUAUAUCCUGGCUGUGAUGGCAUAUGAUCGUGCUGUGGCCAUCAGCCACCCACUUCAUUACACAACAAUUAUGAGCCCACGGACUUGUGUCCUUCUAGUUGUUGGGUCCUGGGUGGUUGGAAACGCCAAUGCCCUCCCCCACACUCUACUCACAGCUAGUCUGUCUUUCUGUGGCAACCAGGAAUUAGCCAACUUCUACUGUGACAUUGCCUCUUUACUCAAGCUGUCCUGUUCUGACAUCCGCUUUAAUGUGAAGAUGAUGUACCUAGGGGUUGGUGUAUUCUCCAUGCCAUUAUUAUGCAUCAUCAUCUCCUAUGUCCGAGUCUUUUCCACAGUCCUGAGGGUUCCAUCCACCAAGGGUGUGCUCAAAGCCUUCUCCACUUGUGGCUCCCACCUCACAGUUGUUUCUCUGUAUUAUGGGACAGUCAUGGGCAUGUAUUUCCGCCCUCUGACUAGUUAUGGCCUAAAGGACGCAGUGGUAACUGUGAUGUACAUUGCAGUGACCCCAAUGUUAAAUCCUUUCAUCUACAGUCUGAGAAACAGAGACAUGAAGGCUGCCCUGGGAAAACUCUUCCGCAAAAGAGUCUCCUCAUAACCAAUGCGAGGUCAUAUGGAAGAAUGCAGUCAUCCAUUAGGCUGCAC